AUGAACACAGAUAUUGAGUGCCGAGAUUAUCGUCAUUUUGCUAAUAAUACAUGUAAUUUUAUGCGUACAACACCUGAUUGUAAAUUAGAUGAUGGCUUCGUAAAUUAUCUCACAUUUGUAUUUUGCACUAUUGGUGACAAAUUAGUUGCUCUUGGAUUAACAUUAUUAGCUGGUUGGUUAUUAAUUCUAUUUACUGGUCUAGGUGUAACUGCUGAUUCUUAUUUUUGUCCUGCUCUUCGUGUUAUUGCUCGAGUUCUUAGAUUAUCAGAAAAUAUAGCGGGAGUUACAUUCCUUGCAUUUGGUAAUGGUGCACCCGAUAUAUUUUCUGCUAUAGCUGCUGUUGGUAGUUCGAAAGGAGGUGAUGUUGGUUUAGCAUUUGGUGCUCUUUUUGGUGCUGGUGUAUUUGUAACAACAGUUGUUGCUGGUACAAUAGGUGUUCUAACACCAUUUCGUUCAAUACAACGACCAUUAUUACGUGAUAUAAUAUUUUUUAUUAUCGCUUCAUUUGCUGCUUAUGUUGCUAUGUAUGAUGGAAAGAUUUAUCUAGCCGAAAGUUUAGGUUUUAUAAUAAUGUAUAUUGUAUAUUUAAUUAUUUUAAUUGGUGGAUAUUUUAUUAAUCGACAAAUAAAAGAUCGUCGAGCUUUAUUACAAGCUGCACAUACAGAAGCAGCAGCAAAAAGCUAUGGAUCUCUACAAACAGCAACGAAUCAAGCUUCUGUAUCUGUUGACGAAACAAAUAGUGAUAUAGUUGAUGAAAGUUAUUCACAACCAGAUGUUACAUUUACAUUAUCAUUACGUCAUGCUUUUUUACCACGAGAUGAUACACCAUGGUCAGAAAGAAAUUUAAUAAAUAAAUUUUUUUCAAUAAUUAAAAUGCCAGUUUUACUUAUUCUUCAUUUUACUGUUCCAUUAGUUGAUUAUGAUAAACAAGAACAUAAUUGGAAUAAACUUUUAAAUUCAUUUCAUCUUCUUUCGGGUCCAUUGACUGUGUCAUUUUUAACACGAGUGAGUUUUAUAAAAAUUCGAAAUCUUUUCCCGGUAUGGGCUGUGGUUGGUAUUGUUGGAACAAUACUUUGUUUCGCAAUGUUAAUAUUAACUGAAUAUCAUACAAAACCAAGAUAUCAUUCGGGUUUUGCCUUUCUCGGUUUCACUGUAUCUGUUGUUUGGAUUUAUUCAAUUGCAAAUGAAAUUGUUAAUUUAUUAUCAACAUUCGGUAUUGUCUUUGAUAUAAGUAAUACAAUUCUUGGUUUAACAUUUCUUGCAUGGGGAAAUAGUUUAAGUGAUUACGUUUCAAAUGUUGUUUCUGCUCGACAAGGUUAUCCAAAUAUGGGUAUAUCAGCUUGUUAUGGUGGUCCACUAUUAAAUUUUCUCAUGGGUCUUGGAAUUCCAUUUACUUUUGCGACAAUUAAAAACGGUUCACCAUUUGCUAUUGAUACAUCUUUAUUACAAAAUGUUAUUGCUUAUUUUCUCUUCGGAAGUUUAGCUGGUACACUUGUAUUUAUUCCAUUAAAUAAAUUCUUCUAUAGCCGUCGAUUUGGUACAGUAUUGAUUCUAUAUUAUGUUGCAUUUCUGGUUAUAGCUAUUCUAAUUGAAACAAAUGUACUUGGUUAA